UGACAGAAACGAUAUAUAUACAGAUUUUAUUGCAAAAUAACGUAUCCAACUAAGAAAUUUUGGUACGAGUAGGAGAUAGGUACGAGUAGUCAUGCAACCGGAAGUAAACAAAUAUAAAAGAGAACAAGACGACAUCGGGUAACAGUAGGAAACUCGAAAAACGAAUAGCAAGAACAGAAGAGUCAAGGUUUAACAUUUAUAGAAUAAAAUAUUGAUGAUGAAUGGCAGCUAAUCAUUGUUAACUUAUGAAAGUUGAACCCAAUGAAGAUGAAUAACUUGAAAUUUUAAAAACCCACUUUGAGGUCAUAAAUGAUUAGAUCUUUCCGAUUGAAUUCAUCAUGGACGAUUUCAAAUUGAGUGAAUAUAUCAGUGAUAUAAGUAAGAUGAAUGAUACAAGUGUAUGGAAGAUGAAAUGUUUGGAUACUUUAACAUUGACAUUACAGAACACAAUAAAUAAUCUAGAAGAUUUGGGUGCAGAUGUUGCUGCAUGGAUUGUUUUACCUGAUCCAGGAAACAACUCUCAGAUAAAGCAUGUUGGUAGUAAAAAGGGGAGUGAAUUCAUCCUGACUAAACCUAGUAUUGAUGCUGAUUUACAAUUCUUUUUAGAAAAUUAUCAAGCAUCAAAAGAAAUCUUGGUUGAUAUAUGUAUUAAACUGUUUGACAAAAAAUAUGCUGAAGCUUUAGAGAAAAUUAGCUCUAAAUUUCCAUACAGCUUAUUAUCUGUGCGUGGACAGCCCUGGUUUACAUUGUCAGGGUUCCCUCUGGACCUGCUUCCCUUCAGACAUCCAUCAGAGUAUGAUGUACACAGCUUACAGACAAUUAUAAACUGCAAAGAUUUGGUUAAAUUCAACAUACUUCAUAAAAAAUUGCAAGAUGCCUAUUAUAAAAACAAAGUACCCUGCAAGAACAUUACAAAGUCUGCCUUGAAAAAUAGAUUAUCAGGUGUUGUAAACAAAUCUCAGGACCAAAUGGAUAAAGAUUUCAUGUCAUUUAUAGAAAAGGAUACAGCUACACAUAACAAUCAACAAGAAGACAAUUCAAAAAGGAAGCAAAGAAAAGAGAAAACAGAGUGUACAAAUGACUUUGUAGUAAGAAGGUCCAAAAGGAGAAAAACACCAACAACAAAGAAAUAUGUUUCACUAUUGACUCCAUCUUGUGUCUCUCAUGCUGCAAAAAAGAAAAGAAAUCAAAAUGAUCAGAAGUUAAAACCCAAAACACAAGAUUUAGCUGUUACAAAUACAAAUACAUUUAUAAUACAAAUAAAGGAAGAAGCUGCAGAUCUAGAUGAUUAUUCUCUACCAGUCAGGGAGGAAGAUGAUAGUCAUAUAUCUAACCAUAAAUCAAUACCACUCAAUGUUUCUGGUGGCAGGUCUAUUACAAAAUAUGACUGGGAGUCUGAUAAUAUCCAUACAAAGUCAGAUAUAAUUGAUAGUGUUGAAGAACCUUAUGGUCCUAGGGAGUGUGAUAAUAUUCAUUCAAAGUCUGAUAUAAUUGAUAGUGUUGAAAUGACAUGUGAAGAACCGAAUGAGCCUAGUGAUGAUCUACCACCUUAUAAUUAUACUCAAUCUGAUGCUAUUUUCUAUCAUUCUGGCCUCGCAGACAAUCAAAACUCAGAAAACUGUAGGAAUUAUUUUUCAUGUUCCACAGACUCAAAUAAUGGUGAAAAUAUAAUGAUUAAGAUUGAGCCAAUUGACCAUUGAAAAAAAAUAAUGUCAU